AAUGCAAGUUUAACCGAUCGAGCACGAUUAGGCAAGGGCUUCUCUAAGUCAAUGAAAAUAUCUAAAAGAGACAAUGUCACUCUUUGUAUUCCACAUAUUGUGCAAAUUAAUCUACGCAAUUGAGUGGUCUGAUCUUUAGUUUACUCGAGUAUAAGAUCAAAUUUUGAUGUGAUGACCUAUGAAACUCGUUGCUCUCUUAUGUUUCAUGGCUGAAACUUGCUCACACCUUCACCUAAUAUUAGUGCUUAUUUUUUUUGUUCGACUUACCUUUGCUCAAGAUGAAAAACAGUUCUUGUUCAAUGGCUUCCGAGGAGCCAAACUUCAUCUUGAUGGGCUAGCAAACAUCCACCCUAAUGGUCUAAUUCAGAUGACCAACACUACGAUGCAGAGUAGUGCUCAUGUUUUCUACCCAAAACCCUUGAAGUUCAACAAAAGUCGUUCAUUUUCCACAACUUUUACAUUUGCCAUCGAUGUUGAUGUGCCUGGUCAUGGUGGCCAUGGAAUUGCCUUUGUUAUCUCCUCAUCCAUGAAAUUUGAGCAUGCUAUUCCUGAAGAAUAUCUAGGGCUUUUCAAUACUUCUAAUAAUGGCGAUUACUCUAAUCAUGUAUUUGCUGUAGAACUAGACGUUAUUCAAAAUCCUCUGUUUGAAGAUAUCAAUGGCAACCAUGUCGGCAUUGAUGUUAAUGGCCUAAAGUCUAUUGAUUCUGCUUCAGCGGCGUACUAUUCUGAUGAAGAAAGGAAGAACGUGAGCCUUCGUGGAACACCUAUGCAGAUUUGGAUAGAUUAUGAUGGAGAGAAGAUGCUUAUGAAUGUGACAUUAGCUCCACUUAAACAUCCAAAACCCCAAAAAAAUCUCUUGUCUACACAUGUUAAUCUUUCAUCAGUACUCCUUGAUUCUAUGUAUGUCGGUUUCUCAUCAGCUACCGGUCUUACUGGAACUAAGCAUUACAUAUCAGGUUGGAGCUGGAGUCAGAUUGGUCAAGCCCAGGAUCUUGAUCUUUUCAAGCUCCCUCCAUUUCCCAAAAUUAGAACCUACAGAAACAAGCUGAAAUUCCUUGUAAUAGCAUUGAUUGUUGUUUUAUUACUGUUGUUGGGAAUGAUUGCUGGAGUUGCUCUUGCAUUAUGGAGGAAGAAGUAUGAAGAGCUGAAGGAACCAUGGGAACAGGAAUACAAUUCUCUUAGAUUUUCAUUCAAAGAUCUCUAUGCAGCUACUAAGGGUUUUAGAGACUCUGGGCUUAUUGGUUCUGGAGGUUUUGGCAAAGUUUAUAAAGGUAUGAUUCCAUUUACACACACCCAAGUUGCAGUGAAAAAGGUUUCACAUGAUUCCAGGCAGGGUAUGAGAGAAUUUGUAUCCGAAAUUGUAACCAUGAGACGGCUAAGACAUCGAAACUUGGUCCAGCUUCUAGGUUAUUGCCGAAGAAAUGGAGAGCUUCUACUGGUGUAUGAAUACAUGCCCAAUGGAAGCCUUGACAAGUUUCUCUUCAAGAGUAAGAGCUCCAACCUUUCUUGGUCUUGGAGAUUCAACAUUGUAAAGGGGGUGGCAUCUGCCCUUCUAUAUCUUCAUGAGGAGUGGGAACAAGUCGUUCUUCAUCGUGAUGUGAAGGCAAGUAAUGUUCUUUUGGAUGCUGACAUGAAUGCACGGCUUGGUGAUUUCGGGCUGGCUAGGUUAUAUGAUCAUGAGAGCAAUCCUUGUAGUACUCGGGUAGUUGGAACAUUUGGAUACAUUGCACCAGAGCUCAGUAUAACAGGCAAACCUAGUACUGCCACUGAUGUGUUUGCUUUUGGUAUAUUCUUACUCGAAGUAGCCUGUGGAAGGCGGCCUAACAGCAUACAUGAUUUUUCUACUGGGGACUUUGAUUUGGUUGAUUGGGUAUACAACUGCUGGAAGAAGGGAACAAUUCUCGAGACAAGUGAUCCCAAGUUGAAAGGAGAUUACCAAGGCGAAGAAAUGGAACUUGUUUUAAAAUUAGGCCUGCUGUGUUCCCAUCCCAAGCCUGAAAGAAGGCCUAGCACGAGACAAGCGGUCCACUUCCUUAAUGGGGAUGCAAUUCUGCCUGAUAUUCCUUCAGAUUAUGACCAUCAAAGCAAUAAUUUCUUCGGUGGUAUUUGGGGAAGAUCUAUGUCCGUUUUGUCAUCUUCAUCAUCUGGUAUAUCUCAGGCCACUGUAUCUAGUGAUAAUUCUGUUUUACAUAUUGGCCGAUGAGUCUCUGUAUUUUAAUUCUUGUUUAUACUUGAUAGUAGGUUUUGCAUUUUGUGUCUUGCAGAAAGCCUCAUAGAUAUGCAGAAGGAUGUAUUCAGACUUUGAAUCUGAAGUAAAUAGUAUUCCUGUUCUCUUUGGUGUUUGCUUCUAUUUGAUAUGAAAUUAUACUUCUAAAA